GCGCAGUCAGUGCACGGAGAGGACUACAGGCUGCGGAUAUUUGCAGUCAGAUCAAAACGCAGACAACAGCACAGAGAGCGAAGAAGAAAACACAUAUUUUUAUUCCGCUCCGCGAUCUUGUUUCUUCUCAUAAGCGGUGUGAGUGGAUAUUUAUUUAAACGCGUAACAGAAAUGUCUGACUCCGUGAAAAGUUUAUUUAUGCUGUUCCGUAUUCUCAAACUUAAAGCAGCCCACAUUUGGAGCUGAUCGAUGCGAGGAGCCAGUAAAGUGGUUUGCUCGUCAGUAGUGUGGUCACUGCCGGCUGUGAGCGGCAGAGCGGUGCGCGCCUCGCUCGGGUUUUUUUUACGCGUAAAGGGAAAAGAGUGAUCAGGCAAUACCGGGAAUCCAGGACGACAAAUGGAAAUUACAAACGGUAUUGGAAUUAAUGUUGAAAGGAAAACAACAACAAUGCCUUGAUCAUCGACUGCAUCUCCUGGACAGAGAACCCGUUUAAAAAACGCCCGAUAAAAGAGAGAUGGCCUUGAAUUCCAUUGUAAAGCUCUAUCCCUGCAACCACAUCUCCACUAUUAACAGGAGUUUGUGACGAUGAAGAUGUGUUCGGAGCCCCAGGCACUGCAGAGGUGUGAAGAUGGAGUCCUGACCUCAGGUGGUUCUUCCACCUUGUAAUCCUUACCAUAUUCACUGUCAUCUUUUUCUGUUGGUGUGGGGGUGAGAGACGUGGAGGCUGUGAUUAGCGGGCUCAGCCCGUGAGUGAACCUAUGGCAGAGAGACAGCACAGUGCAGGUUCCUAUGUAUGACUCUACCAUGGACCACAUUAUCUGCUGCCUGCUGGUCCUGGGAGCCACAGUGAUGAUCACCCAUGCAUGCCCCAAGUACUGUGUAUGCCAGAAUCUGUCCGAAUCCCUGGGGACAUUGUGUCCCUCCAAAGGCCUUCUUUUCGUGCCUCUGGACAUUGACCGCAGCACGGUGGAGCUCCGUCUAGGAGGCAACUACAUCCUCCGCAUUACGCAGCAGGACUUUGCCAAUAUGACCGACCUGGUUGACCUGACACUCUCCAGGAACACAAUCAGCUACAUUCAGCCCUUCUCUUUUGGCGACUUGGAAACACUGCGCUCGCUUCAUCUGGACAACAACCGCUUGAUGGAGCUAGGUCCUGAUGACUUGCGAGGCUUGGUCAAUCUGCAGCACCUCAUUAUGAACAACAACCAACUGGGCCGCAUUCAUGACAAGGCCUUUGAGGACCUGGCACCUUCCUUGGAAGAUCUGGAUCUCUCCUACAACAACCUGGUGUCUCUGCCCUGGGACUCAGUUCGCCAGAUGAUUAACCUGCACCAGCUUAGUCUGGACCACAACCUGUUGGAUUUCAUUCCAGAGGGCACUUUCACUGACCUGGAAAGGCUGGCGAGAUUGGACUUGACCUCAAAUCGCUUGCAGAAGCUACCCCCAGACCCUAUCUUUGCCCGUGCCCAGGACUCAAUGAUCCUGACUACACCCUAUGCUCCCCAGCUGUCCCUAAGUCUAGGUGGGAAUCCACUGCACUGCAACUGUGAGAUGCUGUGGCUGCGGAGGCUUGAGAGAGACGACGACCUGGAGACUUGUGCCUCCCCCCCUGCCCUUAAGGGUCGUUACUUUUGGAAUGUGAAGGAAGAGGAGUUUUUGUGUCAGCCACCUCUUAUUACCCAGCACACCCACAGAAUGCUGGUCUUGGAGGGCCAGACAGCCAGCCUAAGGUGCGAAGCAACUGGAGACCCUUCUCCUACCAUCCACUGGAUCUCCCCUGAUGAUCGGCUGCUUGGCAACACCUCCCGAACUGCAGUGUACAGCAACGGAACCCUAAGCAUCACCAUCACUACUUCCAAGGACUAUGGCACCUUCACCUGCAUUGCCGCUAACGUGGCUGGGGAGUCCACCGCCUCCGUGGAGGUGUCUAUCAUUCAGCUCCCACACCUAAGCAAUGGCACUGGGCAGCCAGCACCACCAAAGUCACGCCUCUCUGAUAUCACAGGGACCACCAGGAUCAGCAAAGGGACUCCCAAGAGCCAACCAGAGAGGACUGUGUCCGCCACUGAGGUGACAGCUGUUUCAGCACUGGUCAAGUGGACAGUGAGCAAAUCAGCUCCCAAAGUGAAGAUGUACCAACUUCAGUACAACUGCUCUGAUGAUGAAGUUCUGAUUUACAGGAUGAUCCCUGCCUCCAGCAAAGCUUUCUUGGUGACCAAUCUGGUGUCGGGGACCCGCUACGAUUUGUGUGUGCUGGCCGCCUGGGAUGACACCGCCACCACACUCACGGCAACCAACGUCGUGGGCUGCACCAAUUUCUUCACCCAGGACGACUACCAGCAGUGCCAGUCUCUGCCCAGCCAGCUGCUGGGAGGCACCAUGAUCCUGGUGGUGGGGGGCAUCAUCGUAGCCACCCUGCUCGUGUUCAUCGUCAUCCUCAUGGUGCGUUACAAAGCUGCAGACACUGAACCCCCAGUGGGAAAACUGACCAAUGUCAGUGACACACACUCUCAGACCAAUGGGGGUCAUAUGCUCCAGUGUCGGCCUCAGCCUGAGCCGAAGGCUAAGGCCAAAGUGACUCUGCAGGACGAGGUGGUGCAGUUCAAGUGUGGCUCCCUUCAAAGCAGCCUCACCUCCUCUUCCUCAUCCUCAGGCUCCAUGGCGGGGGGCUCGUACAGCCCCAACAGCACACUUGCCAACAUUUUGAGAUCAGCUCCCUCCAAGCCCCGGACCAACUUGGACCACCUGCUCGGGGCCUUCACCUCACUGGAGCUGCGGGCGGUACAGGGACGCGACCCAGGAGCCUGUAGUAGCGCUGCCAUGACAGCAGGGAAACCCAACACAGACAGGGAGCCGCUGCUGGGCCGGACGCUGGACUCCAGCCUCAGCCGGCUCCUCAUGCUACCUGUAGACUCCAAGCCAAAAAGGAGCCAGUCCUUCGACAUGGGAGACAUAACAGCCGCCGGGGCCGCUCAGCUGUGCAACAAACCACGCAGGAUCAGCAGUAUCUGGACUAAGAGGAGCCUGUCUGUUAAUGGCAUGCUGCUGCAGUGUGAGGAGGAGGGGGACACGGGAGGGAGCAAGGGGACAAAUGACAACGCUGACUGGGUGAUGGAGAGUACUGUCUAGGAAAGAUGGAGGACUGUCACACUGUCAAACACUGCCCAAAGGGACGGCCAACAACCAUGCCAAGACAGGCCCGCUGGUCUAAGAGCCUUUGUCCUGCAUGAAGCACACUCAUAUCCAUCCUUUCCACUCUACCACUCAGACUCAAGUGGGACAGGAUGAGGGUUUUCACACUCAUAGCUAAAUACAAACUUUUGGAAUAAGACCUUUGGAUUGUUUUGCCUCACACUUUGUACAGAGAUGGAUUAAAAUGGCUGGUCAGCCAUUAAGAGCCGAAGGAAAUGAAAGAGCAGUGCAGUCUGUUAUAGAAGUAUGGGAUCACCAUGGACUGCUAUUAUACUGUAUACAUUUAAAGUAUGUAAUGAAAUUAAAGUUUUAUAUUUUUUAUUUUGCUGGUCAAACACAAAUGAUUCAUUACUGGUCUCUGCCUUGGCACAAGAUCAAGGCACGACCAGUGGUUACACUAUGAAUCUUCUACUGUAAAUUCAACCUCAUUUUGGUUACCCACUGAUGCAGUUUAACCAUCUCUGACUGAAUGGUGAAGUAUAUAUACAUAGGUGUGAUGCUUUGAUUCAUGAAGAUUUAAGAAAAAAGAUUUAUUAAUAAAGCUGUAUGUGAAUAUAUUUACUUUCUAUACAGAUUAUAUAUUUGAGGGGUCACUCAAUAAUUCUGUAUGCUUAUUAUAUCACAUUUUAUGUGACUGCAUAGAUUAUAAACCCAUCAUCUCCUAAACUUUGGCUGCACUGUAUGUGAAAACUCAGUUAAUUGUUUCAAAAAAUGCCAAAUUAUUUAAGUGGAAAGUGGCGCAAUGCGUAGGAUUUUCCAAAACAAUUAGGCCUGUUUAGAUUGUGUGUACAUUUGGUCCAAUAGCAAAAUAAAUGUUUUUAUGGGUUUUAUUGUUAAUAAUUUAAAAGUUAUUUUUUUAAAGAUGCACUCCCUGUUUUGAUACAUCACCUCAUAACACCCCAAAACCAAACAUUUCCUCCCCCGUUUACUGAAAUACCUACGCAUUCAGGGCAAUAUUGGAUGCUAUAACAAAAUCAGGAUGUAUAUUUUAUGAGGAUAAUACUUGUUCAUUACAACUUAAGUCAUUAUUUAUUAGUUAUUAAGUUAUUUGGUAGUUUUAGACAGUAAUUCUAUGAGUGAUAAUAACACUGGACUCAUCGUUGUCAUUGUUGAAAUCAGGAAACACAACCACAUCACCAUAAUGAAGCAAGAAAUGCACGAGCAGCCAGACCAUCAGACCAAUAGUUUGUCCACAUUAUUUACACCAACAGUUUCCAACCCCUAAAACUACUGGACCACAGAACAUUUGCUAUCAGGCUGCAGGAAAACUAUGAUUAAAAAGACACAAACUGAGUAAUAAUUAUAUAGCCUGUCAUGGGCUAUUUAAGUUAACUUGAACUUGAGUCAGUCACUUCUGCAGUUUUCCUCAUCACUCCCUGUCACACCACCAACAACAUUAUACUGAUUCUUUACCAAAAUAGGUCCUCGGUUUGUGAGGUAACAGUCCAUCAUCAUAACCUAUCACAAUUAAGCAGGACAUGAAAUCUGUGUGAGGACACCUGAGUGUUUCUGAGAGGUGUAUCUGUAUUGUUUUAAUUUAGUAAGUAACCACAAUAAAAUACAGACCACAUUGGGGCAUCCUUGUAGAUUAUUGUAAAAAUAGGACCACAGUGUCAAUAAGUGCUAUGUUUCCUUUGGACCAGAAGUUCCCUAUUACAUACUAAAUUCAUUUAGGAGGGGAAUCAGUCUCUUUAAAAGUAUACAGGUCCAGUCACUAAGUCUCAUUUUGUCUACCAAGGUUGUAAAUUACUUACAUCUUUCAAAAAGUCCCAGAAGUCACUUUGUAUGGAUACAAUUUUUUCAAAUGGCCACAUUUUGGAAACGGAAUUCCUCUGUGUUCUCCUCAUACACCGGUCAAUGUUCAUAGAAUUCUUAUUAAACCAUCUGCAGGAGAUUAGGGUUUAAUAAGGGUUUAAUAAGUAAAAGUAAGAAAGUUGUUAUUAAACAACAUGAAGUUGUUGUUUGCUUUUAUUGUCUGGUGUUGCAUGUUUCUGCUGAACUGACCCAUGAGACAGUUUAGUCCAGUGUAUACACCCAUGCUGUCAUUUCUCACGUUUUGUGAAUGAUUUUUUUUGUGAUAUUUCUGAUAUGACUGCGUGUGUACAGUGUCUAUAUAUAUAUAUAAAUAUAUUCCACUUUUUUUUGUACCAUACUUCAGUGGGAUUAUGUGUGGCAGUUGAACUUUACAGUAGGAGCGGAGGGGAGGAGCAGCUGCUCCACUGUUACAGUGCAACUGUGCACAAUUUCUUACCUGGAGCUGUAAAAGAUGUUUACGUGUUCAAAUUUGUUGUUUUUGCUACUAAGAUAAAACUAAAAAUUUCUUGAGACA